AAAUCCUAUUUCUAUGUUUGCAACAGGUUACGCUGGAUCCCCCCAAAAAUUCCAUUACACGUAUUACCCAGAAACCAAAAGCUAUGCGCUAUACUGGGAGCAACCAUCAACGAAAGAUGAUGGCCAUCGUGUGAGGAAAUAUAUACUAGAAGAAUGGAAUGAAGAAAAAAAGAUGUGGGUGAUACGUCAUAAUAUUACCUCAUUAUCAGCUACUGUAAAUAAGUUACAAUCAACGACAAAAUAUAGAGUUUGCUCUGAGAAUGAGAUUGGAUAUAAAGAGACGUCUUGUUCAAAGCCUAUAGAGCUGCGUAAGUCAAUAAUAAACUUAUUUUUGUUUGUUGUUUCGUACGUGGGUUUCACUAUGUAGGAUUAUGGUGGUCGUUUCUACCAAAUAAAGACAGUUAACGAAGUGACUUGGUGGCAGAUGUAAGUAAAGGUAUUUAGCCUCAUUUGCAUGAAGUUGCCAACAUGUGAAGCACCAUGAAAAAAAUUUCGGAGAUCCACCAUUAUUUUUAGUGUUCAUAUGACAGCGAGUGCAAAAAAAGAAGAUUAAGGAUCCAACAUUAAUAGCGAUAUUUAGAAACAUUAAUUAGAGCAGUGGCGGAAGUUGGGGGGCAAAGCCUCCAAAAUGUCCAACAAAACUUUCAAAUUUCGGACAUACUCCCCCCAUUUGCAUUCGAAAAGGCUGUUUUCAAACAUCUUUUAUGUCAAAAUUUCGGAAAAUUUGUCAAUCUUCCAUAAAGGUGGUAAUUUUCCAUAAAAAAUCUUUAUAAUAUCUUGAUCAAUUGUUUCAAUGUCAACCUUUUCGGAUAUGAUGUCAUUGGGGAAGGAGUAUUAGAAAGGUGAUAAAAAUCCAUACAACAAGAACUUUCUCAGAAAUAUUCAUGCAGCCAGAAGGUACCAGAAAAAUAUAAAUAACAACACAAAAAAUGUGCACAUGCAAUAAAGAAAACCGUUUAGACAUGGCAGAGACUUCCCUCCCUACCCUAUCCUACCCUACCCUACCCUACCCUACCCUACCCUACCCUACCCUACCCUACCCUACCCUACCCCCUUACUUUUCUAACAGGACGUUCCUUCACUUUCCUAACAGGACGUUCGCUAAAAAAAUUACAAUUCAUCUGAUGAGAUCAUAUCUGGGAACAUUGGCAAUGAAAAAGAUUAAUAUCAGGAUAGACCUUUUUAAUAUAAAGAGAUGUAACUUUUCCACGAGAUGACGGCGCAGAGCGCCGUUUCGGGCGUAAGCCAGGGGCGACGUUACUAAUUCCGCCCGGCUAUUUACACUCGGGAAAACGAAAGCAUUAGCGAAGUCUAAAGUUCAUCAAUGAUCGCGGGCGUGGGUGACCAAUGGUGUUGAGAGGGUGGUCAUCCUCACUGUGGCGGACUGUCACAGUGAGGCGAACUGUCAUGAAUAGCGAACACUGAUUGGUCAUAUUUAAAAUUUGUUGUUGUAUCACAAAUGACGACAGCAAAACAAACAUUUCUUGCAAGUCAGCAAAUAUAUUGUAGUUUUGCAAGAUUUUGCAUAUUUGAAAACCUUCUUAAGAGCCAAAGAACCGUCUAAAAAUGUCUAAAAGAAUGGAGCGAAGUCGCCGACGUUAAUGAAGGUAAGUUUGUUUUUGAUAUUGAUGUAUUGUUUGCUUUAUAAUUGCUUUAAAAACUGAUACGAUCUUUGCGUAUAUAAGUGAAAAAUAUAUAACAUAAUUUCUGUGUAUUUUUAUUAAUUACCCUUUUUUCGUAUAUUAAAAUAUUUUUAAAAAAGAGGAAAGCAAAGUGUUUUACAUGCAAGAAUUUGAAAUCAGUUUAUUUCAAUUUUCGAACUCAAUUUUUACCGAUAAAACUUAAAAAGCAGUUUAGUUUUAAGAACAUUUUAUUUUUAAAACGUUUUGCGAAGCAUUUGUGCACGGGAAAUAGGACAGGUGUCACUUUGUAAAAUAGAAAGUUAGAAAUGGUAUUAUACUUACUCAUGUAUUAUAAUUAUGUUUAAAAGAUCAGAAUAUUCAUAACUUCUUAUUUUGUUUCAUAAAUAGUUCUUUAAUAUUCGAAACAAUUUCCCCAUCUACUUCGUCUGCCGUCGCCAUGUUUACUCGUCCCAAUCUACAUGCUACACGGCAUUGCCGCCCCUCCUGGCAAAAUAAUAAGCAAGCGAGAAAAAUUAAGGAGAAAAUAAGAGGGUGGGAACAUCGCUGGCAUAAGCUGGAUGUAGUGACACUUCCAUAUAUAGCACAAACCUAUCCAUAACUUCCAUAUAUGACUCAAACCUGUCCUCGACGCGUUUUAUAACGUUUUAUUUUGACGUAGGGAUGACGUGUAAAGGCCUGAUUCCACGGGCGCUUUUUCUCGGCGAAAUGCGAAAUAUUUCGCCUGUUUCUUGUGAACAAUCAAGUAGAAAUAAUUUAUUCGAGUGGUCGCAAUUCAAAAGAAACAGGCGAAAUAUUUCGCAUUUCGCAGAGAAAAAGCGCCCGUGGAAUCAGGCCUUAAUGCUACUUCCCGCCUAUGACAAUUUGAAUUAGUCAUGUGAUACAAGAUUGCGAAUGUUCCUACCCUCUUAUUUUCUCCUUAUUUUUCUCGCAUGCUUACUAUUUUGCCAGGAGGGGCGGCAAGGCCGUGUAGCAUGUAGAUUGGGACGAAUAAACAUGGCGACGGCAGACGAACUAGAUGUGGAAUUUGUUUCGAAUAGUAAAGAACUAUUUAUGAAACAAAAUAAGAAGUUAUGAAUAUUCUGAUCUAUUAAAAAUAAUUAUAAUACAUGAGUAAGUAUAAUACCAUUUCUGACUUUCUAUUUAACAACACUACACCUGUCCUAUUGCCCGUGGUUGUGGUUGAAUUUUACAUUAAAUUGAAGCUUAUAUUACAUAUAAUAACAUACCUAGCAUAUAUAUGUUUGGGGAAUUGAUUAUUUUGUAAUUAAAAGUGAUAUUUUGGGGGGAUUUUUCAAUUUUAAAACUAUUUUUAAAAUUAACGUGUUACCAUGACAAUACUUCAUGUUUGGAAAACAUAAUGGUUUUGUCAGGAAGGCGAGGGUUUCUGUAUGCAUGCAUGUAUUUUCUAGUAUCCAGAAUGAACCAGAUGUUACACAUCCCAAAAUAUAUUUAGUAGCACUUUACUUUUCAGGUAGGCUAUCACAACUUUCUUCCAGUUUUCCCCGAGCAUUUUCGUUUUCUCAUUGAACAGAAUGUGCAGGUUGAUUCACCGCACUGAAAUACAGAUAUUAGAGAGAUUAAGAUACUCCGGUUCCGUUGCGAGUAUCGGCAUUUUGUUUACCAAUUUUUGCUGAUGUCAGCAUGUUUACCUUUAAUUUUUACCCGUUUUCACGCGGUGAACCAUUGACUACACGUAAAAGACAAACGUGUAUGGGUGUUUACUUUUUACUAUAUAUAUAUUUGUGGACCGUUUAAAAUUCUAAAAUAUACUUCAACAUCUUUCCUAAAUAGAUCAGUGCACAUAUCCUCGUCAAUUUUCCCCAAAUCUGUGGUGAACCUUGACAACGAAAGUUAGCAUUCUCCGAUCGGUUUUCGUAACGCGGAAUAUCUUGCAAUUCUUAAGUUGCAAGUUAUACCCGGUUUACGGAGUAAGCGGGCACGUGUAUCACCCGUACCUAUAAAAUGGAACCGGUGUAUCUUAACCUCCCUAAAGGCUCAUUUACACUUGCAAUUUUUGCUGCGAUUUUAGGUGCAAUUUUCUUCUUCUGAUGGAUGUGAACGAGACGAUAAGUUAUGGAUGUUCCGAUGAGGGUACAUGUACUCCGAACAUUCGUAAGAAGGAGAAAAUCGCACUAUACAAAUCGCAGCAAAAAUUGCAAGUGUAAACGGACCUUAAUGAGAAUCUGGUAACGUUUUCCUCGGCACUAAACCUGCAUGCACGCAAAUAGUGGAGAAAUGUAAAUAUAUGUAGUACAUUCCCCUUCUAGAUAUAUAGUACCUUAUUCAAAUUAUUCUCAUUUCUGUAGCAAAGACAAUGGUAGUUACAUCAGACAAAAGAGGAAAAUCAAGUCAGUUUUGGCCAAGUCUUUUUCUUAUCUCUCUGAUGACUUUCCUGGCCAGCAUUCUCCCUCGACAUCAGUGAAUGAGUCAUUUUCGAAUUUGCCAUCGGCAACGAAGAAUAUUUCGAGGAUGUUGAGUUUCUCCUGUUAUUCAGGUCAGGCUUUCCUAGACUUCCUAGGCCGAUGAGGCACCAAAACAUGAAUGUAUUUAAUUUGAAUUGUGCAAAUUCUCUUUGAUUCUCUAGAAUAUAAUUUAGGGGCCUUAUCAGUUAUUACACUACACAUAAUUAGAUAUAUAAUAUGUAGUUUCACUUAAAUUGAUCUGAAAAUAUACAUGCAUGCAAUGUUGAAUUCUCAUUGAACAGUUCUAAACACCACAUUACAACAAAUAAUUGAUUCAAUUCGCAUUUAAAAUUGCUAAUCUGUAUAUUUAUAAUUAUUAAUCUGAAGUAAAGUAAGUUUUCCCAUUUGGAAGAGUGAUUGAAGAAAUAUCUAAAUUUUAUUACAGAUUUCCUUUAUCGUUGUUGGUAUAAAAUAUACUACACUUAAUUUCAAACAAAACAUUAUGCAUUCCGCCAUCUGGUGUACGCAUAUGCAUCGUCGGAUAUAUGCGCGACGUCACAACCGGGUAAAAUUAUUUUAUAUCUUGAGCAAUUCUUCUGUCAUUUCAAUGUUAAACUGAUCUUAUUUUUGACUCUAGUCUAUUUUAAAUUAAAGCACAAGCUAUAUGUAACCUUUCCCCUGAUAUUAUUUUUAAUUAGUUUUAAAACGUGAAAUUACAUGUGGGUUGUUAUUUAAUAUUUCCUUUGUAUUUAUUUAAUUUUAAUAAAAUUGUAAAAAAAAAUGUAAAAGAAGUAAAACAAGAUGGCGGAAGGCAGGAUAUUUUGGUUCCAACUAUACCAAUAUCUCAAAAAUUAAGCCUAGAUUGGGAGAAUUUGUAAAAUGAAUUUACACUCAGGUUAUUUCAACACUCUUUCAAAUUAUAGGCAAACAUAAUUUUUGUUGCCAUUUUCCCUCAGUGCUUUGUAUACUGACACUAAUGCAAAUGGCCACUAAGAAACAGUCUUAGUGAUUGGUAUGCGUUAGGAGAUCUUCAAGCUGUUCAGGCUCGCAUGCACUAGUCCAAUUAUACUUAUGUACCUUUGGGUAAAUUUCAGAAUAAAUCAGUCUAGUUUCAGACGAAUUAUUCAUACUAAAACGGUGCAUGCGAAGGCAUAAUCUGCACAGUAAGCAUGUUUAGUUUAAUAUUUUGCCGAUAAUUGUAAACUGCAUAAUUAUGUAAAUUAGUAAUGCUUACUCGAAACGAAAAAUAUAUAAUAUAAAAAAUUACAUUCAAAUACUGUAAAUAAAUAUACUGAAUACUGAAGGCCUGAAGAUAUAAUAAUAUUGGUAUUCUUUACAAAGUCUGACCUAAAUUUAAUC